AUGAAGCACUUCUCCUGCGAUCCCUGGGCAGCCUUUGCUGUGCUCCUCUUCGUCACUGCGCUCCUAUCUUCCUGCUCAGCAGCAGCUGAAGGCACCUCCAAUGUUUCAACAAGCUCCGUGCAUGCAGCUGAGUAUGAAGCACCAUGUCUUAACGUGAACUUCUGCACAAAAGCAGCCCUGUGCUGCCCGACGGGCAUGGAUGAUUACGGGUGGAUUGCAGCGGCUGUCGGCUGGAGCCUCUGGUUCCUGACUCUCAUCCUGCUCUGCGCGGACAAGCUCAUGAGACUGCGGCCUGAUGAGCCCAAAUAUUUGGUGGCCUGA